AUGGAUCACAACGAAAUCAAGCUCGCAAUCGAUGGCAUCGAAGGCCAAGAUGACGACCAAGAGGUGUCAAACUACUCCCAGAGAGGCCAGUGGCUGCGAGCUGCGGUCCUCGGAGCCAAUGAUGGGCUUCUCUCGACUGUUUCCCUGAUGAUGGGAGUUGAAGCAGUGAAAGAUGACGCCAAGGCCAUGAUCAUUUCAGGCUUGGCCGGCCUGGUGGCCGGGGCUUGCAGUAUGGCAACUGCAGAGUUUGUUUCAGUGUACUCAUUGUACGACAUCGAAGUGGCGCAGAUGAAGAGGGAGAAGCAGGCAAAGGGUGAUCAUAAUGGUGAGAGCAUCGAUGAGGGAAACAGAGAUCGCCUUCCAAGCCUGGUGAAAGCGGCAGUAGCAUCAGCCUUGGCCUUUUCUGCAGGGGCGAUGGUGCCGCUACUGGCUGCAGGGUUCAUAAGAAGUUAUGAGGUGAGGUUAGUUUCUGUAGUGGUUGCGGCUGCCGCGAGUGCGGCGCUGGUGGUGCUUGGCUGCCUGGGGGCGGCACUUGGCCGUGCUCCGGUGGGGAGGUCUUGUGUGAGGGUGGUGGUGGGGGGUUGGGUGGCCAUGGCAAUGACUUUUGGCCUGAUGAAGCUCUUUGGCUCCAGGAAUCUCUGA